AUGUACGCACCAGUUGAGUUUUCAGAAGUUGAUUACCCACAAGUUGAAUAUCAAAGAAGACAACAAUUUUGGGAUCCUAUACGUCUAGCUCUUUUCACAUUGGCAAUUGUAGCAAUCAUAGGAAUUGCAAUUGGUAUCGUUACUCAUUUUGUUGUUGAGGAUGAUAAGUCAUUCUAUUACCUUGCCUCUUUUAAAGUAACAAAUAUAAAAUACAAAGAAAGUUAUGGAAUGAAAAGCUCAAGAGAGUUUAUAGAAAGGAGUCAUCAGAUUGAGAGAAUGAUGUCUAGGAUAUUUCGACGUUCUUCCGGAGGAGGUCGGUUUAUCAAAUCUCAUGUUAUCAGACUGAGUCCAGAUGAACAAGGUAUGAACAUCCUUAUGGUGCUUAUGUUUCGAUACCCAUCUACUGAUAGUGCUGAGCAAAUCAAGAAAAAAAUUGAGAGGAUUUUAUAUCAAAGUCUGAAGACAAAACAGUUGCCUCUGACUAUAAACAAAUCAUCAUUCACGCUCACAUCUAUCGACAGCAAAAAGAUGAGGAAUCUUCUCAACAGCCGCUGCGGAAUAAGGAUGACAUCUUCAAACAUGCCUUUACCAGCAUCCUCCUCUACUGAGAGGAUUGUCCAAGGGAGGGAAACAGCCAUGGAAGGCGAGUGGCCGUGGCAGGCCAGCCUCCAGCUCAUAGGUUCCGGCCAUCAGUGCGGAGCCACCCUCAUCAGUAACACGUGGCUGCUCACAGCAGCUCACUGCUUCCGCAAAAAUAAAGACCCAAGUCAAUGGAUUGCUACUUUUGGUACAACUAUUACACCACCUGCAGUGCAACGAAGCCUGGGGAAAAUUAUCCUUCAUGAAAAUUACCAUAGGGAAACAAAUGAAAAUGACAUUGCCUUGGCUCAGCUUACCAACCGAGUUGAGUUUUCAAAUAUAGUCCAGAGAGUUUGCCUCCCAGAUUCAUCUAUAAAGUUGCCACCUAAAACAAGUGUAUUUGUCACAGGUUUUGGAUCCAUUGUAGAUGAUGGACCCACGCAAAACAAACUUCGGCAAGCCAGGGUGGAAACCAUAAGCACGGAUGUGUGUAACAGAAAGGAUGUGUAUGAUGGCCUGAUAACUUCAGGAAUGUUAUGUGCUGGAUUCAUGGAAGGAAAAGUAGAUGCGUGUAAGGGCGAUUCUGGUGGUCCUCUGGUUUAUGAUAAUCAUGACAUCUGGUACUUAGUUGGUAUAGUAAGUUGGGGACAAUCAUGUGCUCUUCCCAAGAAACCUGGGGUCUAUACAAGAGUGACUCAGUAUCGAGGAUGGAUUGCCUCAAAGACUGGUAUCUAG